AUGGCCAGUACAACAGAGCCUCGAAUCAGGAACAACCCGCUUAUGCCGCCGGCAAAGCAAGAACGUAUCCAUAUUUGGCGCACCGAAGUCGCAUCUGCCUUGCACCUCCCAACGGCCCCAUCCCUUUCAUCAUCUGUCUCGUCCUCAUCCGCAGCGACCCCAGAUUUUGACCCAGAUGCUUCUUUUGCCACGCCCCCGUCACCGGCAGGCUCCAGACCACGAAGCUUGUGGAAGCGUCUUAGUUGGCGAUUUGGACCCAAGAGACGUACUGCGGCCAACAUGGCUGCCGCCGCUGCUGAACUACCCCCUGAUGGUCGUACGGCUAUGUACCGUGGGCUCGAGAACAGGACGGCCAGAGCUGACGACACAAUGGAGGCAGAGGGCGGCAUAUUGGAGAGGGAUAGCGAGGAAGGAAAUGGGCUGAGAGAAAAGCAGGAAAGGUUGGCUCGAGCAGCAAGGUUACUCAACCGUCGCAACGGGGAUUUGUGA